AUGACAUCUCGCAACCCCCGCAGCUCGGCCGGCUGCUGGACGUGCCGGCUGCGGCGCAAAAAGUGCGACGAGGCGCGACCAGUGUGUGAGGGCUGCGCGGCGCUGGAGAUUGAGUGUCUGUACAGCGAAGCGCGGCCGAGCUGGAUGGACAAUGGGCCGCGGCAGCGGGCGAUGGCGGACCGCCUGAAGCUGGCGGUCAAGGACCGGGCGGCGUGGCGGCGGGAGAAGCGGUUCUUGCGGGACAUUGAGACGGGCGCGGCGGCGAUCCGGCUGCGCGAGGCAGACGACGACGUGGCAGGCGGUGCCAGCGGACGAGGAGGGGGCGCCGCACACAUGUUUUCGGUGGCCUCUUUCGCGACGCCCGUAGCCCGUCCUGCGUCGCCGCCCGCGACGGCCUCGACGGCCUCGCCAUCCGACAGCAGCGGCGCCGAACAUGCGCCGACGGCAGCCGCGGCAACGACGGCGACCACCGCCCCGUCGUCGUCCCAGAUGCCGCCAAAUGGCACGUCUUCGGACGGCACGUCUGUGGACUGGACGACGCCCGCCUCGCUCGAACCGCCCAACCUCGACCGGGAGCGCGAGCUCAAUCUCAUGAUGCUGUACCUCGACUUCGUCUUUCCCUUUCUGUACCCCUUCUGCCGGCCCACCAUGCUCGGCAGCGGCCGCGGCUGGCUUCUGGUGCUGCUGAUGAAGAACAAGGCCGUCUUCCACUCGGCGCUGAGUCUGUCGUCGUACUUCUUGGCUGUCGUGGCCAACACGACGCAUGCACUCUCUCUGCUGUCCACGCCCGAACCCAUGUCCACGCCCACGCCCACGCCCACGCCCACACCCACACCCCCGACGUCGGGCGGCGGCAUCGACCUCGUCGAUCAUGCCAGCAACGCAUCCGGCGACCACGGCUCGUGUCUCAUGGCCAUGGCCUCGGAGCUGCACAAGCAGCAGGAACUGUCCCUGCGGGAGCUGCAGCGCACCAUUGCUGCCGUCUCCGGCGCGCCGCCGACCGCAGGCAUCGGCAGCGAGAGCCACCUGGCCGAGAGCGCGCGGGCCCUCGAGAGCAUCCUGCAGCUGCUGUCCUUUGAGGGCGUGCUGCAGCGCUUCGACCGGUGGCACGUCCACCUGGACGCGGCGGUGACGCUGUUUGAGCAGAUUAUGCAGCAGUACGGAGGAAGCCCCGAGGGCGCGGGCGCCUCGUCCACGUCGUCCACUUCGUCUCCCACAGGCUGGCCUGGUAUCAUAGCCCGGCUGUCCCCCUUCUCAGCGAACUUGGCUGCGCAGACAAUGUCUCUCCCGGUGCCCUACGGCUCCGACCAGGCCGCCCUCACAUUCUAUGCCUCUGUCCUCCUGUAUAUGGACAUUGUCACGAGCACCGUCACCGAGACGGCGCCGCGGCUGCAACAGCACCAUGCCUCGCUGCUCGGCAGCUGCGAAGAGGGCAGCGCCGACGCUCGGUGUGGUAAUUAUGACGUAUUUAAGCUGUUCGACUCCACCAAGAACUCCCAGCUGGCCGCCCACGAGGUCGUCGGCAUCCGGAACUGGGUGCUGUUGGCGCUGGCGAAAGCGGCUGAGCUGGCCGCCUGGAAGAAGGAGGCGGCCGCGGCGCGCCGGCUGACCGUGGCCGAACUGCUGGGCCGGGCGGCGCCCAUUGAGCGAAAGGUACGGGCCAGCCUGGCCUUGCUCGAAAAGAAAUUAAAAAAGCAGGGGGACCCCACGUCCACGUCCAUGUCCACCACCCCAACAGCCGGCCAGGCCGGCGAGCCCAUCUUGCCCUCGGGCUUCUACUCGCGCUACAUUGCCGCCGCCGAGGCACAGCUCGAAGAGGCCCUGUCGGCGCGCCAGGAGGCGUGCCGCGACCGCGAAAACGACCCCCACCACCACUACAGCCACGGCCGCCAAGACGACCCGUCGCUGCCGCCCCAUUCGACCCAUUCGACCCAUUCGGCCCAUGCGCACUACCGCGACAGCGCCGCCGUCCUGAGCGUCGACACCGCCACCUACAUUUGGGGCCUGGCCGUCCUCACGUACCUGAAAGUCGUCGUCAACGGCUGGCAGCCCGCCGCCGACGACGUCCGCCAGUGCGCCGACGCCCUGCUGCGCGAGCUGGCCGCCCUGCCCUCCGCCUCGUGCCUCCGCCUCUUUGCCUGGCCCCUGUGCGUCGCGGGCUGUCUGGCGGCGUGCCCGCAGCAGCGCGCCCUCUACCCGGGCAUGGUCAGCGAGAUUUGCAGCGGCGAGCUGUACGGCACCGUCAACGAGGCGCUGCGCAUCAUGCGGGCCGUGUGGGCGGCACAGGACCUGCAGGCGCUGGGCGGCCGCAGCGGCGAGGCCCGCGUGCACGUGGAGUGGGACUUUGCGCGCCGUUUGCUGUCAACUCCCGCCUAUACAAACGUCUCCGGCGACGGCCCCGGCACGUCCAUCUCGGCCGACCGGCCCGUCCGCGACGAGAACGGCGACAGCGACGAAAACGUGGCCAAUGCGGGCAGUGCCGUCGUCUGGAGUUUGGGCGGGGCGCGCCGGCUCUUGAUCGUGCCGACGCCCCGCAGCAGGCCCAAGUCCCACCAGCCCUCGAUCCGUUCCAACAAGGUCUUGCGAUGCGAGUUGCUGCUGGCAGACGCAGACAGCGUCCCAUGGUCUGGGGCGGCCGGCUGCCUCGGCUGUGGCGGCGGCAGAAUGGGCGAGAUGGGCGAGAUGGGCGACAGCGAGGCCGGCGAGACCAGGGCGGUCGCCUGCUGCCGCCGGACGGGCGACCGUUGA